GAUACACCAACACCAUGGGCAAGGAUGCCCAUCUCGAUCACUAUCGUCCUUCAUUUAAAUUGUGAUGCCUCUUCUGAAUGGAACUAGAGUCUGGCUAAAGUUAUGGUCAUUCCAAGUUGGUGUCAACCAAUAUUUGGUUCACGAUGAUCACACUCCUCUCUCCCAAUUUUGUCCUCCAAGAGGUCACCGAAGAUGACCUUGCUCUUGCUUCGCUGGCCUGGGGCUUCACGAUCGGCUUUGGAUGGCUCACCACCUGGACAGCCAUGAAGCAAACGAAACGAAUUUACGAGAGACGCGGCCUUCUCGUAUUCCGCAGUGCCUAUAUCUGGAUGAUUUGGCUGGAGAUUCUUGUAUGCCUCAUCUUCAGCAUUAUCUGCUGGUUGCACUUAAAAGGCAUAAUUCCCCCGAGUUACCACAUGGGCGCUUCAAAUCCGAUAACGGCAUACCGUCUUAAGGUCGGUGUUGCGGUCUUAAUCACAGCCGUUAAUAUCUCGGUCUAUAAUAUUUGGAUCCCCGCCCGUCUCCAGAUCUCAGAGAGAUAUAUCUGGAUCAACGAGUGGUGGGACCGUAUCGAGAAGGGGAUCUACCUUCUUGUCGACGGAGCACUCAAUUUCUAUUUCAUUCGCGUUGUUCAACAGAACCUGGUGGCAAAUGGUCUAACCAAGUAUAAGAGUCUGGUCAAGUUCAAUAUGUGCAUCGUCGGAUUCUCCCUCAGCAUGGAUGUGCUUAUUAUCUCUAUGAUGAGCUUGAAAAACACGUUCGUUUACAUGCAGUUUCAUCCUUUCGCCUAUAUGGUCAAACUCAAGAUCGAGAUGUCAAUGGCAGACUUGAUAGGGAAAAUUGCCAGACAACGACAAUGUGGUGUUAUCUCCAGCGGCACUUUUGGCGACCUUGAGACAGCACGACAGGGAAACGUUCCAAGUAAAGGCCUCACGUCCACGUAUAACAGGACAAGAGUCUCCACGGAAGGAAUUCGUACUAUUCGCGGAGUUGAUGCAGUAUCUAUCGAGUUGCAGGAAAGACCAGAUGGGUCAGCUGUCUUCAAUGGCCGGUCAAAGACGAACAGGGACACGGGGUUUCUUGGCCAAUCUUCAUCUUCAAGCUUGCAAGUGGGCGUGGCUAUUUAUACCACGGAAGACAAUCGCAUUGAAGUCGACGCUGCGACAAGCAAUCAUGGGGAAAGCACAUGUAGUGUUGCAGAUAGCUUGGACGAGAACGGAUCGGCAAGGAAGGACGACGAUGACGAAAGGCCGCUGAGGUACAAGCAGAUGGAAGAUAAGAAGUAA